AUAGGCUUCAUGUGGUUGGUCGGAUAUCAGACAUGUCCAGUGUAUUGUGUUUAACUAUCCAAAACUUUGAAAAAUUGAAAGAAUACUUUAAGAGUAUUUAUUGAGAUCGCCACGUUUAAAUGUCCAUCUUUCACAGAUUGAAUCAUCCCAUUCUCAAAAUGGCAAGGCGCAGACGAGGAGUAUACACUAUCCUAUUCAUUACUGGGAUAAUGUGCAUACUUGUGCUACUUGAAAUUGCUACAACCGACAAACAUUCGUGGAUUUAUAAGGUGCUGCCCUGGUUCAGUCUGAAGGGCUUGCCUCCCUGCGGGUGCAAUAGAUGUGUUACAGAUGAUGACGAUCCAUGGUUUACGAAACGCUUCGACGCGUCUCAUAAGACCUUUUUGACGCGGAACAACGCUCUCUCAGAGCGUGAUUUCAGAUGGUGGAAGAACUUGCAAUUUGGCAAUAAGGCCUUUCCCACCUACAGAAUGGCCGAGAUGAAGGUGUUUGAGAUUUUCCCACAACAGGAGAGCUUCAUGGACUCCAGCCCUGAUCGCUGCAGGACCUGUGCUGUGGUUGGGAAUUCAGUUAAUUUGCUGGGGUCUCAAUAUGGACCCCUCAUCGACUUUCAUGACGUCAUCAUGAGGUUCAAUACAGCUCGUACUGUGGGCUACGAAGGGGAUGUGGGGAACAAAACAACUCUCCACAUCAUGUACCCAGAGAGCGCUGUGGAUUUGGAUGACCACACACAUCUCAUAUUAUUUCCCUUCAAAAUAAGGGACCUUGAGUGGCUAGUCAGCGCUUUCACCACAAAAUCUGUGAAAAUGACAUACAGACGGAUAAAAUCAACAGUGAAAGCAAAUCAGGGUUUGAGGCUGAUUCUGAGCUCCUCAUGCACCCAGGUAAAGGUUCUCUAUCCUGGCUUUAUCCAAUAUGUCCAUGAAAACUGGCUGGGAAAAAAAGGAAGGUAUCCAUCCACUGGCUUUAUGGGCGUGGUGCUUGCAAUGCACAUUUGUGAUGAGGUCAGUGUAUUUGGAUUUGGGGCAGACAAGGAUGGAAACUGGAGACACUACUGGGAGGAGCUUCGAAACAAACAUUAUGGAACUGGACCCCAUGGAGGAGGGCAAGAGUACAAACGUAUUCUGGAACUAGCAAAGAGGAAAAAGCUGAACUUCUAUCGAGGGUUUUGAAUGUUUUCUGUCCCUCUGACACAAGGGUAGUGGUAGCAGUACAUCAGGACCCUGAAUCUA